AUCCACACCCAUCCUUCCAUCCACCAUCAGGUCAGGGCAUCACACUUCACACAACAACAACAACUCCUCCUCCUCCUCCACCAUCAGGGAUCGUCUCCACCGCUUGGCUCAACCAACUCCUCUGCUCCUGUUCAAUCGACCCCACCUCUCUCGCUCCUAUUCCACCGGGAUCCCAUUUCCAUCCGGACGAUGGCGGUGAUGACCGACAUGCCCGCGGCCACGGCGCUGCGCGCGCCGGCGCCGGCCCCGGCGGGCUGCGACGGUCAAAAGGACGCCGAGAAGCUGAGGUUCAUCGAGGAGAUGACCUCCGACGUCGACGCCGUGCAGGAGCGCGUCCUGGCCGAGAUCCUGGCCAGGAACGCCGGGACCGAGUACCUCGCCCGCUGCGGCCUCGCCGGCGCCACGGACCGCGCCGCCUUCCGCGCCAAGGUGCCCGUCGUCACCUACGAGGACCUGCAGCCCGACAUCCAGCGCAUCGCCAACGGGGACCGCUCGCCCAUCCUCUCCGCGCAUCCCAUCUCCGAGUUCCUCACCAGCUCUGGGACUUCGGCCGGCGAGCGCAAGCUGAUGCCAACUAUCAAGGAGGAGCUCGACCGGCGCCAGCUGCUGUACAGCCUCCUUAUGCCCGUCAUGAACCUGUACCUGCCGGGGCUGGACAAGGGCAAGGCGCUCUACUUCCUGUUCGUCAAGUCGGAGACGACGACGCCCGGCGGGCUGACGGCGCGGCCCGUGCUGACGAGCUACUACAAGAGCGAGCACUUCAAGAACCGGCCGUUCGACCCGUACCACGACUACACGAGCCCCACGGCGGCCAUCCUGUGCGCCGACGCGUUCCAGAGCAUGUACGCGCAGAUGGUGUGCGGGCUGUGCCAGCGCCACGACGUGCUCCGCGUGGGCGCCGUCUUCGCGUCGGGCCUGCUGCGCGCCAUCCGCUUCCUGCAGCUGCACUGGGAGCAGCUCGCCGACGACAUCGAGUCCGGGUCGCUGACCCCGCGCGUGGCCGACCCGUCCGUCCGGGACGCCGUCGCGCGCGUGCUCCGCGGGGACCCGGAGCUGGCGCGCUUCGUCCGCGCCGAGUGCUCCCGCGGCGACUGGGCGGGCAUCGUCACCCGCGUGUGGCCCAACACCCGGUACCUGGACGUGAUCGUCACCGGCGCGAUGCAGCAGUACAUCCCCACCCUGGAGUACUACAGCGGCGGCCUCCCCAUGGCGUGCACAAUGUACGCCUCCUCCGAGUGCUACUUCGGGCUGAACCUCCGGCCCAUGUGCCGCCCGUCGGAGGUGUGCUACACCAUCAUGCCCAACAUGGGCUACUUCGAGUUCCUCCCCGUGGACGAGGCGAGCGGCGUGGCCCCCGGCGACGCGGCGCAGCUGGUGGACCUGGCCCGCGUGGAGGCCGGGCGCGAGUACGAGCUGGUGAUCACCACGUACGCGGGGCUGUACCGGUACCGCGUCGGCGACAUCCUGCGCGUGGCCGGCUUCCACAACGCGGCGCCGCAGUUCCGGUUCGUGCGCCGCAAGAACGUGCUGCUGUCCAUCGAGUCCGACAAGACCGACGAGGCGGAGCUGCAGCGCGCCGUGGACCGCGCGUCGGCGCUGCUCCGCGCGCGCUGCGGCGGCGGCGCGGCGGUGGUGGAGUACACGAGCCACGCCUGCACCCGCAGCAUCCCGGGCCACUACGUCAUCUACUGGGAGCUGCUGGCCACCACCAAGGCCAGCAAGCAGGGGGCGGCGCAGGCCGUGGCGGGCGACGUGCUGGAGCGCUGCUGCCUGGAGAUGGAGGAGGCGCUCAACUCGGUGUAUCGACAGAGCCGCGUGGCGGACGGAUCCAUCGGGCCGCUGGAGAUCCGGGUGGUCCGGUCGGGCACGUUCGAGGAGCUCAUGGACUACGCCAUUUCCCGCGGCGCGUCCAUCAACCAGUACAAGGUGCCCCGCUGCGUCUCCUUCCCGCCCAUCGUGGAGCUGCUCGACUCCCGCGUCGUGUCGCGCCACUUCAGCCCGGCGCCGCCGCACUGGGCGCCAGCUGCUCGCCCGUCGUCCGACUAGACCGCGGU